GUAAUUUUCAUGGAGCCACAGCCACUACCAUUAUUUUUUUGACACUACAGCGGGUGUGUUUUUAAUUAUUUAUUUUACAAAUAAUUAAUCAAUUAUUGAGUAAAUGCUGUUUUAAAACAUUUUGAGUGAUUGUGAAAGUAGUGAAGACGAAACAAUUUAGUUAUAAUUUAUUCUUUGGAUAUUUAUAUUGCCGUAACCUCAACUUGGGAACAAUGUUCAACCAAGGCAAUGAAGAGAAAAAACUGGACUGGAUGUACAAAGGCCCCAACAGUUUGGUGGAGCGUGAGGAGUACUUAUUGGGGCGCAAAGUUGACAAAACAUUAGAGCAGUUAAAUGAAGAGGAAAAACAGAAGCAACAAAAUAUAAUUAUACCGCCGAAAAACCGCGUGGAACACGAGUGUAUUCCACCGUCAAUUAGGGACUUCAAUAAAGUUGUACAAGCCGAACAGGUAGAUUUGUCUACAAAAUUGCAAGAAGACCCGCUGGUGGCGAUAAAAAAACGUGAAGAAGAGACCAGACGGCAAUUUUUACAAAAUCCCGUUCAAUUGAAAAAGUUACAAAAAGCGCUGAAAGCCCAACAAGCCCAAAAAAAGAAGAAAAAGAAGAAGAAGAAGUCGAAGCAAUCUAGCGACUCAGAUAGUGAUUUGGACAGCAAAUUGACGGAAAAGUUGUUAGGGAAGAAGAAGAAAAAUAGUAAAGAAGAACGCAACUUGGAUACGAUUUUAAUUCACAAGUUUGAAGCACUGAAGGAUAAGUUGACUGAAAGCGACUUACAAGACAUUUUGAAUGGAAAAAUAACAAGUAGCGAUGAGAGCAGUGAAGACGAAAAGCCAAGAAACAAAUCAUCGAAAAAACGACACGAUAGCGAAGAUAGUGAUGAUUACAGGAAACACAAGAGGAAGGAGAAAAAAAGAGACUGUUCUGAUGAUGAUACACAAAGGAGAAAAAAGUCCGGAAGGAGCCACCAAAAAAAUAAAACUGCAAAAGAUUCCCACUCACAUAGGAACAGGAGUAGAAGUCCCGAUAUUAAAAAAUCUAAUACUAGGAGAAGAAGUAGCAGUAGUGAGUCUGAAAGUGAAGAAGACGUAAGAAACAGACACUUCAAGAAAUACGACAGUGACGAUUCCGAUUCUUCCAAACACAAAAAGCGUAAUUACGGUCUUGUAAGUUCAGAUGGUAAAAAAAUUCCGUUAUCAAGAAAACACGAUGAUGUAAAAAUAUCCAAGCCAAAAGUACCUGAACCUCCUCCCCCUGUCCAAAGACACAGAGCUAAGAAACUAACCGAAGAAGAAAAAGAAAAAUUAAGACAAGAAAUGAUGCAAAAUGCGGUUCUAAGGGACAAAGAACGCGAACGCAACGUGAGAAAAUACCGAGAAAAGGAAGAAAAAGAAAGGAAGGAACAAAACUUUGAUCCCGAGUUUAUCCACAAACAACUAAUGAAAACUGCGGACACUGGCAGCGUUGAAAGCAGAAUUAAGUCAAACUUGAAUAAUAUUCAGAGAUCAAGCAAGUCCAUGGAUCAACAUUUCUCCCGGAGGUAGUGAAAGUUGUGUAAGAAUAAAACGUUGUAUUGGAAGCGAAAUAUAUUUACAGAAAUUUAUUAUUCA